AUGAAGUACUUGAUAGAUUCAUGGGGAAUUGAUAAGUUUAGAUCAGUUGUUGAAGAGUACUAUGGAAAGAAGUUUGAACCUCCAAAGGAGUUACCUGAAUGGGAAUUCAAAAGCCACCUUGGAUGGAAUGAUCAGUGGCAGGGUGAUGGGCGUUUAUUUUGUGGGUUCCAUGUUGAUAGUGGCAGGGUUAAGGGGAUAAUGAAGAAGACAUUAAGGGAAAUAAUUGAGAAGUAUAACUUGAAUGUGAGGAUCACAUUAAACCAAAAUAUUGUCCUUUGUGAUAUUCGCCCCUCUUGGAAAUGCCCUAUUACUGUAGCUCUAGCACAAGGAGGUCUUUUGCCUCCUACUUAUGUGGACCCCCUUAACAUAACUGCAAUGACAUGCCCUGCUCUUCCUCUUUGCCCUCUUGCAAUUACCGAAGCCGAACGAGGAAUUCGCAAUUACCGAGUUGUAUUUGAGAAGGUUGGUCUUCCGUAUAAUGAAUCCAUAGUAGUAAGAGUUACUGGUUGCCCUAAUGGCUGUGCUCGACCCUACAUGGCUGAACUUGGAUUAGUUGGUGAUGGUCCUAAUAGCUAUCAGCUAUGGCUUAGGGGAACACCAGGUCAAACUGCAUUAGCCAGAACUUUCAUGAACAAGGUUAAGAUCCAGGACCUUGAGAAAGUCUUUGAACCCUUGUUCCACAGCUGGAAAUCCAAGAGGAAAUCUAAAGAAUCAUUUGGCGACUUGACAAAUCGCGUCGGAUUUGAGAAACUUCAAGAAAUAGUGGACAAAUGGGAAGGUGUACCAAAAUCAUCAUCGCGAUACUACUUAAAGCUUUUCACUGAUAAGGAAACAUUUGAAGCUGUGGAUGCACUUGCAAGGGUUGAGAACAAGAGUGCUCAUCAAUUGGCAAUGGAAGUGAUUCGUAAUUUUGCUGCUUCACAGCAAAAUGGCAAAAGCCAGUGUUGA